AUGAUUUCCAAAGAACAAAAGAGGAAGAAGCUGAUCGAGAUCCUCCCCGGCUUUGAAGCGCCAAUCAUCAUUUUUGUCAACCAGAGGCAGGGUGCCGACGUGCUAGCCAAGAGUCUCACAAAACUCGGCCACCAGACGGUUGUACUACAUGGUGGUAAGAAUCAAGAAGCACGCGAAUACGCGCUGAAGGCGCUUCAGGAACGCUCGAAGAGUAUUCUAGUAGCUACGGAUGUAGCUGGACGAGGUAUCGACAUCAAGGACGUGACGCUCGUGGUGAAUUACGAUAUGGCAAAGUCGAUCGAAGACUACACACAUAGAAUCGGGCGUACCGGCCGCGCUGGAAAGACGGGUAAAGCCAUAACGUUUCUGACGGCCGAGGAUAAGGAGGUGUUUUAUGAUCUCAAAAAGUGUCUUCUCGAAUCACCGGUAUCAAAUUGUCCGCCGGAACUGGCGAAUCAUCCGGACGCAAUGCACAAGCCCGGAAGCAUCGUGACCAAGAAGCGCGACAUGGAAGCAGCUUUU